AUGCGUUAUCAAUUACCAACUCGUUUACAAGCUGUAAUCUUAGAUUGGGCUGGAACUGUAGUUGAUUUCGGUAGUUUUGCACCAACACGUAUCUUUGUAGAAGCUUUUGCAAGUGUCGGCAUUGAAAUAACUUUAGAUGAAGCACGUGGACCUAUGGGUAUAGGUAAACGAGAUCAUAUUAAUACACUUUGUAAUCAACCAAAUAUAUCUGAACGUUUUCAACGGCGAUUUGGACGUUUACCAAAUGAUAUCGAUGUGAAUGAAAUCUAUAAACGUUUUAUGCCAUUACAAAUUGCUAAAGUUGGAGAAUAUUCCACAUUGAUUCCUGGAGCAUUAGAUACUAUCACUGCAUUACGAAAAGCUGGUUUAAAAAUUGGUUCUACAUCUGGUUAUCCCAAGGAAGUGAUGGAAAAACUAAUACCACUAGCUGCUAAGGCUGGUUAUUCACCAGAUUAUACAGUCGCUUCUGAUGAAGUACCCAAAGGGCGUCCUAGUCCAGCACAAGCAUUAGCCAAUGUCAUUGCAUUAGGUCUUGAUGAUGUAGCUGCUUGUGUUAAAAUCGAUGAUACUCUACCAGGUAUUAUCGAAGGUCAUAGUGCAGGAAUGUGGACAGUAGGAUUACGAUUUUCUGGCAAUUUUCUCGGUCUAACUUGGGAUGAAUAUUCUAUUCUUUCAUCUGAACGAUUAAAUUCUGAACGUCAACGUAUUGAUGCAUUAUUUGCUCCAAGUAAACCUCACUAUUUAAUUGAUACAAUUUCCGAAUUACCUCCGGUUAUUAAUGAUAUUAAUACACGACUAGAACGUGGCGAAUCUCCUGCCAACAAUCGCAAUUAA